AUGACCAAGCUUAAAAAUUUGCAGUCAGGUUUUCUGCUUUCUAGUCUUAUAGUUCAGGCUUCGGCAGGCAUGUACUACGAUUUAGCAUCAUGUAACAAAUACCUAUCACUCUUAGAUCAAGGCGUCCUUGCUGUUUUUGAAAUGGGUCAUCUCGCUCAAACUGCUAUUGGAGCUCCUGUACAGAAUGAUCCUAACGGCAAUAUAUGGGGUUUUCCUGAUACUGAGAGCAGAGACUUGACGGGGAAAAUCUUUGGACCGCCUGCGGAAAAAUUUCAGGACUCUCCUAUCAAUUAUCAAUAUACAGCUGUUCCAGCCGAUCCUAUUGCUCUUGCAAAUUCGGGGUUUGAGCCUCCUGCUACCAAUGGUCCUAAUGCAAAUCUCUUGACGGCAGCCGGCGUGGUAAAGUUCUAA